AUUGUUUUUAAGCUCUCUGCCAAACCAACCAGUCCCUAAGAUUCUCUCGUGACAGGGCUUCCUGCAUUCAGUAGCAAUAAGCCUUCCAAUCACCCAUGGACUUCUUUGUCUUUACUCUAUCCAUUUUCGUCUUUUGCUCCUCUUCUGCUUCGUUUACGUCCAUAGAAGCUUCAGCUCAUUUUAUCAAACAGUAUGGCGAUGAGAAACAGUGUGGUCUGCUUCUUUUUUUUCGUCUUACUUCACAUUUUCUUGAGCGCCCUGCCAACCCAAUCAGCCCCUGAAACUGCUCUCGUGACAGAGCUUCCUGGAUUCAAUGGCACUAUACCUUCCAAGCACUACGCCGGCUACGUGACGGUGGAUGAAAGUCAAGGGAGGAACCUGUAUUACUAUUUUGCUGAAUCAGAAGGCAAUCCAUCUGAGGAUCCAGUGGUUUUAUGGCUCAACGGUGGACCAGGGUGCUCUAGCUUCGAUGGGUUCGUGUAUGAACAUGGUCCUUUCAAUUUUGAAAAGGCCAAAACCCGAGGAUCCAUGCCCACAUUGCACCUCAAUCCUUACAGCUGGUCCAAGGUUUCCAACAUCAUAUAUUUGGAUUCUCCAACUGGUGUGGGGUUUUCUUACUCUAAAAAUUCAUUUGAUUAUCCAACUGGAGACCUAAGGACUGCUUCAGAGUCACACACCUUUCUCCUUAAGUGGUUUGAACUCUAUCCUGAGUUCCUUUCUAAUCCAUUCUUCAUCGCUGGGGAGUCAUAUGCCGGAAUAUAUGUACCUACACUAGCUUAUGAAGUAGCAAAAGGAAUUGAAGCUGGUACAAAGCCCUACCUGAAUUUCAAGGGAUAUUUGGUAGGAAAUGGCUGUGCAGAUGAUCAAUUUGAUGGCAAUGCUCUUGUUCCAUUUGCCCAUGGGAUGGGUCUUAUCUCAGAUGAAUUGUAUGAGGAGACAAGAUAUGUGUGCAAUGGUAAUUACUAUAAUCCAGUGAAUGACAUUUGUCAAAAAUUGAUAGACAAAGUUAAUGAGACGAUUGAUGGGAUAAACAUAUACAACACUCUAGAACCAUGCUAUCAUGGGCAAGAGACAGUAGAGGCUACAAUAUCCUCUAUUAGGCUGCCGACCAGCUUCAAGCAGUUAGGCGCGACCAAGAGACCUCUACCAGUGAGAAAAAGAAUGUUUGGUCGUUCUUGGCCCCUUAGAGCCCCUGUGAAAGAUGGAAUUGUACCCACUUGGCCGGAACUUAGCAGUAGCACCAGCAUUCCAUGCACUGAUGAUGAGGUUGCAACCACAUGGCUGAACAAUGCUACAGUUAGGAAAGCAAUUCAUACUGCAUCGGAAAGUGAUGUCAAAACUUGGACCAUAUGCACGGACAAUAUCGCACCUUACGUUCAUGAUGCUGGAAGCAUGCUCAAAUUCCACUGGCUUCUGACAUCCAAAGGAUAUCGAGCACUUAUAUACAGUGGGGAUCAUGAUAUGUGUGUUCCAUUCACUGGAACCCAAGCAUGGACUAGCUCAAUGGGAUACAGAGUUGUGGAUGAAUGGAGGCCAUGGAUAGUCAAUAAUCAAGUUGCUGGUUAUAUCCAAGGAUAUGAGAAAAAUCUCACUUUUAUGACCAUAAAGGGAGCUGGGCAUACAGUUCCAGAAUAUAAGCCACAAGAGUCACUAUAUUUCUAUAAGCGCUUUUUGGAUGGAUUGCCAAUAUGAAAGAAAGAUGAAGGCCGUGUUUGAAAACAUGUUUUUUUUUUUUUUUUUUGCAAUUUUCAAAAUAAAGCUACUCUUAUGUUGAUACCAAUGGAUCUCCAAACACAAUAAAAACAGACCUGCAUUUUCUGAAUAAUGUGUUCCAGGUGUUUGCAGAGUGGCUAUUAAUCUGUA